AUGUCGUACUUGCCUCCACCGCAAAGGAGACUAAGACAUGUGGUGUGUGUCAGCGUCAGGAAUAUAUUACCCAAGGGUGGCCAUCCCAGGCCAGUUUCCACCAAAUCGUCCACCAAUCUCCGAGAAUUGUCUUCCACUUCCAAGAACGCUGGAACAUUACGUAAUGUUUUGUACGAUACAUUCAUCAGUUUCCACGAGUGUUUCCAGUACGACAAGCCCUUCUAUAUCACAGAAAUAUCUCAUGGCACUAUCAAUCCCGUAUUUCAAGAUGUUCAUUUUGCGGGCACUAGCUUAAGUCGAAAAAUAACGUUUUCAAUGAUGGUUUGGGUUCGAGAGUCCAAGUCUAAGAACGAUUGGGUCCUGUUCAAGAGAAUCAACCUGAAACUUAGCUUUCUGAACUAUCUAGGUCCCACUUUGGAAAAGGCAGAAAAAGCUGUCAAGGAUGUUAGAAAUAUAUUGCUACUUAAUCUUGUCGAUGGUUGGUACUAUUAUCCACUUGAGAGCAACCUCAUUGCAAUGGCCACAGACGGGAUACAAAGCGACAAGCUGAAAACAGUAAAAUCCAAACCAAGCUUCUUGAAAUCAAGGGAGUUGAAAAGUUGCUCGUUUGAUCAAAUAAUAAAACUUUCUAACGUCAAAUUCUCCAUUAUAGACACCAUCGGGUUCAAGCAUAGAUUAAGCAUCCAAAUUGACCACCUAAUAUCAUCAACUUUUAGAACUGACUCGGCACAGCAAAUAGAGGCUAUUAAACACCGACUGGCGUACCAAUAUGCUCCUAGGGUAGAGAUGUUGUCUCGAGAGAACACCUCCCUUCAGAAUGUAAUAUCAAAACUCAGAACUAAUUGUGACCGACUCCGUUCACUAAUAAAAAAUAAAAACACUGACACUGAAAUACUUGCCAAAGUGCUCCACUCAUUAAGAGAAUCCCAUGGAAGUCUUUUGGUUAGGGUAGAAGAGGUACAAGAGUACGUCUCUAUACAAAAAUCAAGACUCAUCAAAGACCUUUCAUCAAUAUUUAGCAUCACACAAACCAACGGGAAACAUCAUGAACAUUGCAUGUUUGGCUUAAUAUUCCCUCAUGCAAAAAUCUCAUCUUCUAAUUUUCAGUUUCUUCGAUCACAGGAGCUUGAAAUCAAUGCGUUGCUUGGAUAUGUUGUUCAACUGGUCCAUCUAUUGGCAACCUAUUUACGAUGUCCAUUACGGUAUCCAAUCCAAGCUUUCGGAUCAAAUUCGUACAUCUCUGAUCCUAUAAGCCGUCUGAAGGGCUCCAGAGUGUUUCCGUUAUGGAUAAAAGAUGGGACCGUUUAUAGAUUUCAGUACGCCAUCAUGCUUCUGACCAAAAACGUCAAACAAUUGAUGGACCAUGAAAAAAUAAAAUCCAUAGAGGCCUACCAUUUGUUGGGAAAUCUUCAAAUACUUUUUGUGUGUCUAACGAACACUGCGGAUUCAGAGCUAAAUUUCAAGCCAAAGCUGGAUCUUGAACAGCUAAAAAUUCAUCUACAUUCACAAAAUACUCAAUCGCUAAUAGAAGCUGAAUAA